CAGUAGUGGUGCUGCUGUUGGCGCUGUGGGGUACUGACAGCUGCUGGUUGCCGAAUCUGGAGCUGCAAUGGGGAGACUUAGCGGAGCUUUGCGGUGUGUCAAAUACCUGCUGCUUAUGUUCAACCUCAUCUUCCUGCUGGCAGGAUCUGCUAUAAUUGCUAUCGGUUUAUGGCUUCGAUUUGGUGCGGAUUUGGAUGAUUUAAAUAAAGAACUAAGCUCAGACCUUGAAGUAUAUGAUGGAUCAUUAUUUAUGGGGUUGUAUGUUCUGAUUGGAGCUGGAGCCCUGAUGAUGAUAAUCGGGUUCUUUGGUUGCUGUGGAGCGGCAAGAGAAUCUCAGUGUUUACUCGGUGCGUUUUUUGCCUGUUUAUUAGUCAUUUUUGCUGCAGAAGUCACUGCUGGCGCAUUUUCUUUCCUUGGUAAACAUAAGGCUGUUACAGAUUUUCAGGAUAAAUACAAGGAAGCUUAUGAGCAAAAUAAUAAUCAAACCCUCUCUGCUUUCCACAAGGUGAUGAAAUGCUGUGGAAAUAACGACCCCCAGAGUGCUAAAAACGUGAAUUACUUGUGCCCAGACGAGCAAAAAGAGCACAAGGACUGUUUGCUGGAGAUUGAGAAGAUUGUGCACAGAGAAUAUCAGAUAGUAGGAAUACUCGCAAUCUCAACAGCUGGAAUAACAAUAUUCGGCAUGAUCUUCAGUAUGGUGCUCUGCUGUGCUAUCCGUAACUCCAGAGACAUGUUGUGAAACCCUUGAUCAACGCAGUCUACUCUUCUUACUAUUACUGAGCGCCACCUGCUGGCACAGGGACUGUUCUGUGACACACAACUUAUAAUAAAUUAUACCCAAGAUCUGUCACAAAAGAAAAGAAAUUGCUUUAAUCUGUGCUAUGCAAUACCUUUAUAGGACCCUACAGCUUCAGCUGAUAUUGAAUGCUCUGUUUUACAGAUAUAUUAUUAUAAUGUGUGUGUGUUUUUUUAACUGUUUGUCUUCAAGCAGAAUUCUAUAUCAUAGGUUAAAAAUGUGUGUAAAUAACUUUUAUGUGGAUUUAAUAUAAUUAUAAAUAUGUUGCACCAUUUAAAGUAAAAUGCAUAUUCAUGUUUAAAUUAUUCAUAACCUCCCUGUAUUGAUAUCCAGUCUUACAACACAAUGAAGACACUAAUUGUAUUAUGUUUUCCCUGAUUUCUAUAGAAUUACCGUUAUUAUUUAUUUGUAAAAGACCAUCCUACAUCACAGAUAUGAAAAGGAAAGAUUAUGUAAAUACUGUUUAAUACCUAUAUAUAUAAAACUAUUAACCAAUAGUAGUAGCAGGUUUUACCAAGGGAUGCCACACAACACAGCUGUUACUAUAUUGUUGUAUAAUAGAAGUUCUGAAAAUUUUAGAAAUUUAUAGGUUUUACCAGCAACAACUAUCAAUAGUGAAUUUCUGACCUUCACUGUACAGAAAGGACCGUGAUAAACAAAAAAUCUACGUGUGUGUUUGUGUUUAUUCUUUUAAAAAAUUAUGAUCGCUAAUUACGUAUUAAUUAAUAAUUCUGUCAUCCUUCUGAAAGAGCAUCAUCUAAGCAGGCAGAAUAGCGUGUCAUUUAUUUUUUAAAUGAAAAUGUAACUAAUAUCAGUUGCUUAAUUCAUACUAAUCCUUAUUGGCUGAUUCUAUGCUAAUGCACGUUGGCUGAUCAUUGGUUGAUAGGUACUUCCUGCUAAAGAUUAUUGAGUAUUAGUAGAAAAUAAAUGUGCAGCGAUUUUCAGAGGCAGUAAACACCUUGAGAUUUUUAUAUAAAAUGUUUAGUUACGCAUAAUGAAACAACGUUGCUUAACAUUUUCAGUAUUUAUUUUGUCCCCUUUUCAUGUACAUUAGCUCUGAAAACUGAACAGUUUCUAAUCCUCAUAACUUCAAAUGCAGCCUGCUGACUUAUCAAGGCUAACCCUGCUACACACAUUUCCCUAAUUGGCUUUAUCAGAUAACAAUUGCAAAACAAUGCAAUCUAUACUAAAAUUAUAAUUGUGGCUACCCUGGUUUUCUCUAGACUAGAGCCCAGAUUGUCUCAAAUAAGGCAAGUGGUGAGUGGAGUUUGUCUAUUAAAAAACAAUUGCUGUAAAAAGGAUGUUACUUUGUUUUAAAAACAUGUAGACUCUGAUAUAUUAUUCUAUAGCAGCACAGUCUUGUAAUUACAAUUGUUUACUUUCCCUUUAAUAAGAAGUGCACAUUUGAUACUGUUAUAUUAGUUUAGAGAUUUUUACUUUAUAUUUUGUUAGGCAGAAUAUAUCAACGUUUUUAAACGCUGCUCUUUCAUUUGGGUGACAGAUUAUUUUUGUGUCUAGUGUCACUUUAACUUUGGGCAAAUUGUGCUUUAAAGACAAAUUUCCUUAAAAAGGCAUCAAGAUCAAUUGGUCCACAGUGUUGGUCCAAGGCUAACUUGUAAAAUACAUAUUCCUAUAAAUGUAAAAUAUAUAUAUUAAUAUCUACUAGUUGUGCUCAUACCCACUUUAAAUAAAAUAUGUUUUAUGUAUAGCCACAAA